GCUGGUAAAUCACUUAGUAUCGCUUUGUGCACUCGGUUGUGUGAGUCGAUAAAUAUUGUAAGUCCGUUGAAAACAAUGCAAAAUAUGCAUCUCAAAAUGCAUUUCUUUAUAUACUUCAUUUUAAUAAUCGCUAUCAAAUCUAGUUUGAGUCAAAACAAUGAGUUGGAAGAUAUUUGCGACUGCAAUUGUGAUCUAGGCAUAAGUGUUAUUGAACACUUAAACACCAAAUUGGAUUCACUGCAGGAAGUUGUGAAACAAAUUCAGGCAGACAAUAUUCGUCUGCAAACUGAGCAAAAAAGUCAACGCCUACCCACCAAUUGCCUGGAGGCAGCCGCUGGCUCGUUUAAAAGUGGCGUUUAUACAAUUAAACAUGAGCGAUUUGCGAAAGAUCCCUUCAGGGUAUGGUGCGAUGAGGAUACCGACUUUGGCGGUUGGAUUGUCAUUCAGCGGCGUGUUAACGCAGAUGUGGAUUUCUACCGAGAUUGGCAACAAUAUAAGCAAGAAUUUGGUAAUUUAUCUGGCAAUUAUUGGAUUGGUUUGGAAAAAUUGCACGCUCUCACCGCAAGCUGUGAACAGGAGUUGUAUAUAAAAUUGGAAACGUUCGCUGGCAAAGAAUACUUUGCAAAAUAUGAUUUGUUCGUCAUUGGUAGCGAGGAGCAAGAUUAUGUUUUGCGAACCGUUGGUAAUUUCAAAGGAAAUGCUGGAGAUUAUUUCAAACUGCAUGAAGGCCAAAAAUUCUCAACGUUUGAUCGAGACAAUGAUAAGCACCCUGAAUAUAAUUGUGCCGAAAAAUAUAAAGGAGCUUGGUGGCACAGCAGUUGUUAUUGGAGCAAUUUGAAUGGCGACUAUUCUCAAAAAAAUAACGGGCAAGGUGUAACUUGGAAUGGCAUAAAGAAGCUUGAAUCACUGAAGUUCGCGCAAAUGAUGAUACGCCCAAUAGAAAAAUGUAUGAGGCGGCUAUCAAUAAUAAAUUCCUUACAUUAGGUUGAAAAAUUAGGGAUGUGCGAUAAAUCAAUUAAUCGAAUAAGCUGAUUAAUAGUCAUCUGAUUAAAUAAUUGAUCAAAGAAUAAUCAUUUUUGUUUAAUAAAAGUGAUUAAUUACUCGAUUAAUUACAUUUUAAUUAAUCAGAGUCUAGUUAAUUUUAUUAAUAAGAAAACUGAUUAAUCAUAGCCUGAUGAAUCAGAAACCUGAAUAAUUGCUGCUAUAUUUUUUAUAUACAUACAAUUUAUACACGUACCAAAUAUAUAUUUUUUUUUCAUUUCGAUGAGCAACGUGCUCGUUUGGCAUUAAAUUUUGUAAUAAGAAAAAAAAUUGUACCCCAUUAUACAAAAACUUUUAUUUUCUUUGAAAGAUAACUCGAAACAUAUGAGCGAAGUAAUUUAGAUUUAAAUUAAUUUUUUAUGAGUAAUCAGUAAUUACUCAUGAUCUGAUUAAUCACGUUUUUUGAAUAAUCAGGAUUGUGAUUAAUCAAAAAAUUAUUCAAUCGAUUAAUCGCACAUCCCUAAGAAAAAUCGUUCACAAAAUAAAAUAAGUUUAAUAAUCCUUUUUUUUUGAAUACAUGUACAAUGUACAUACAUGAGUACAUACAAUAA